AAAAAAACAACAAACCUUCCCAUGGAGAAGAGUGGGAGCAGGAAAAAGGAAGAAAAGCGAACAUGUGCUGACAUCUGACAUGCAGGCACAACCAGGCUCAAGAUGUUUCAGUACUUCUAUGUAUACAUGUCACAUUUUUAGACAGCUGUAAACAUACUGAGAAAGAACAGGAGUUUGGAGAAGGUUGAGGUAAGAAUUCUUAAGUGACAAAUUAGUCUGUGGAGUAAGAUCUGAUAGAGAUGGAAGAGAAGGCAGAUGCAAAGUAGUUAUAUGAAUUAAGGCUACUGCAAUAGCAUUUUAUUCAGCAUGAUAAAAAACAGGAAUUCUUCAAAAGAAACAGAUACAAUUAAAGUGAAACGUGCCUCAAGAAUUUACCAAUUAUUCAGUAGCUAUUAUGAUGCAAUGAUGACAUUUCAGAGUUUUAAAUACAAUGUAACUUUCCUCUUUGUUAAAUACAAGCUUGCUAGGCCUAAAUUCAGCCUUCCCAGAUGCUUCCUUCCAAGAACACAUUGCUAACUAAAUCUCCAGUCUUGGCUUCAACAGAUGUCAAAAGGACAAAUUUCAAGCUUGUCCCAAUUCUCUCUUCUGGGAAGACAGCAGAAAUGGAAGACAGCACAAAACAUACACGGAAAACUUCUACUAAGCAGGCUUUUCAUCCAAGCAUUAUAUGUGCUUCAGCUGGCCUCAGAUUCUCAAAAAGAAUAGCAGAUACUUUAGGAAGACAUUAGAGAAACAGGAACACAAAGUGUAAUCUACCCCUCCCAACAAGACAAGAAGCCAAACUUGUACCAAUAUUGAACACAGAUAUCUACCUUCUUGACCGAACACACUUUCCUUGCUAGAAGUAGAGAAGAAAAACUGGUCAAACUUCCUGAGUACCCAUCCACCUUCGUCUAUUCCCCCCAAAGUAAUUUCCCCAACAGAUAGUAGAGCCAAGUGGACUAUGAUCCUAUCAAUACCAGGCAGAGGAAAGAGAAAACAAAGCAGCGACCUGACUGACUCCCUGCACUGGAGGCAGGUGUGCUGCGCUUCGAAACGUUAGGAAAACCCAAGGUACCCAACUUAAAACAUUUAACUAGGAAUUACUCACGCUUCAAAAAAAAAAAAGGCAGGAAAAAAAGAAAGGAGUGCCACAUUAUUUGCAAAGGAAUGCAAAUGCUGAGUCAUCACUCUUCAGUAGAAAGGCAAGGAAACUAGAAAAAGCACUUGGAAGAUGAAAUUCAUUCAUUAUACCGGGCUUCAGGUAAAGAGCAACAGCAAGAUCGAAGAAAGAGCGCUCAAAAGACACACAUCGAAGAGCUGAUUAAAAAACAAAAAAAAACAAAGCAAAACAAAAAAACCUCUACUUAUCCAACUCUGAAGGUCUGGACCCAAGAAACAGAUUAGGAGGAGGUAACACCAAUGAGAGCAAAAGCAGUUUAACAACUGGUUGUCAGUUUAGCGUAGGUAGCGCUCAAAGUAAACUUCAUCAUCCAAGAAGGGAAAAGAUGCUCCGGCGGCAAGAGGCAUCCCUUUCUCACUCUCAAAGUAGCGGGCGCUGGGCGAGUGUUUCUGACAGCGUGGGCGCGGGCACGUGGGGCAGAGUAGGGGCUAGAGUUGCGGGCGAGCGUCCGGCUUCCUCCGGGAGUUCAACUUAGGGAGAAGAGCCGGCAGCGACUGGAGCCGGGGACGUGGAGGGCGCGAGUGCCGAUUCCUCGCGACCCACAGCGGGAGGUGGCUGCGAUCCCACCCCCAGGCCCACCCCCACCAGGCCCGGCCCCCAUGGUCGGGCGGGGGUGGGGGGGGACCCGCAGCUCCCGGCCCAGCCCAGGGCUCCCAAAGCAGACGGAGAGCAGGAGCUCUCCCGGGCCUGACAGGCUCUGCCGUGCAGAAACCCAGCUUAGGAAGAGGGUGCAAAGAAGGGCGCUAGAGGGAAAGGUCCAAGCGAGCCCCGGACCCCAGGAAGUGACUGUAUUUAGGGGGGAAGGGAGGGCUUCCCUUCCAAGGAAAAAAGGGACAGAUGAGGAAUGCACUUCGCGUCCGCGCCACCGCGGCCAGGGAUCCACCGAGAAGUCCCAGCUUCGGCCCCGCACUCCUGCUCCCUCCCACAGCAUCCCGCGGUGCCAGGGGGCCUCCCAGCGCCUGGUACCCCCUCCGUCUCGGGUACUCACAGAGUCCGGGGCUGCCCGUCGUCUUCCAUCAUGCCCGCUCCGGACACUGCGCUCCAACCAGGAGGAGCAGGAGGAGGAGGAGGAUGGACAAAAUGGCCGCCGCCACCAGCCAGGCAGGAAACGGGGCAGAGCGCAGGCGCGGCCCGCCAGGUCACUGCUCAGGCCGGCGGCGACGACCUGCAAGGGGGAUCGCUAAGAGGGGAGGAAGACGGGCCGCUGAGAGAACCCGGUGCGGUGUCACGGCGAACCACGUCGUCGCUGUGCGCCGGCCGGUCGGCGAAACCCAGCCAGCUCGAGUCAAAAAAAAGAGAGAGAGAGAACCGCCGGGAAGGUGAUGUGUCUGUGAAUUGUGGUCCUAGAAAUGAGAGAGGGAAUCACUUCUCCAGAGGACUUCUGGGAACUGUAGUCCAAAGGAGACGGCCGGCACCAGCGGGGCGCUGGGACGCGGAGAAGAGACUUCUGGGUAGUGUAGUCGUCUGUGAGGCGUGCGGCGACCAGGAAGUCGGCGUGCUAGGAGGGGAGCGGGGGGAGAAUAAAAGCUACAGUAAGAGGCGGGGAAACGAGGUGGGGGAAAGCCCCGUCUCGGAGGUAGACUACAAGUCCCAGAGUGCCUCGCGCUGGGGGCUGUCCUAGCACUGCUCCUGGCAUUUUAAAGCACUUCUGUUGGCUCUGCGGGAGCUGCCGCUCCGCCUCCGUCCAGCUUGAGAGCGGUUUCUUCAAUUGCUGCUAAAGGCAGUGCUCUGACUCCGCGUGGUGUCCGAGCCCUCAGGGGCUUUCUGAUCCCCAGUUUUAAACAAAACGGCCGGCCUCCUGUCAUCAACCGCUACCCCGCGCGACGGGCGAAGAUGAUAGAGUGGACCUUGGACCCGCCCUGAGCUGCAAGCUACCCUCACCGGCCCCCCACCCCAACUUUCCCAACUGCCAGCCGCGUCCUGUGGUCGCGUUUUCCCUCAAAUAGGUAUUCGAGCCUGGGUUGGCGGCAUGUAAAUUGCUUUGGGGGUUGUGCUCAGUCGUGUUCCACUCUUUGCGACCUC